AUGGCCGCAGAGCUCACGUCAACGAAGCUCAAUGCGGAGAAUCACCUCCUCCUAGAUCAACCACUUCUCCGAUUACCCCAUGAGCUCGCCCGAAGAAAUCUCAAGUCUAUUCAGCGAAUUAUUGAACGGGAAAAGGAAUAUGCCCUUCCCUCACUCAAAGACUCGGCGAAUGCCGCAAUAUCCAGCGACCGGACGUCUGACCAAACCCUUGCCACACUUGACGCUAUGAUAUCCCGCAUGCAAGGCCUGAAGCGGAAGAUGGAGAGUUUGCACCAAGAAGAGAAGAAGGUCCAUCUCCAGUCGAGGAAACGUAUACAACAUCUUGAUCAACUCUACCACAUUCCCAGCUUGACUGACGUCAAAUACGACCAGUGGUCGAGAGUCCGGUUAGACAGACUCGUAAUUGACCAUAUGCUGCGGUCAGGGUAUACCGAAAGUGCUCAACAACUUGCCCGAGAAAAAGACAUCGAGGAUCUUGUGGAUCUCAACGUCUUUGUACAGUGUCAGCGGAUCGCCGAAAGCCUGCGCCAUGGGGAAACCAAGGACGCUUUGCAGUGGUGUAAUGAGAACAAGGCGGCUUUGAAAAAGAGCCAGUACAACCUGGAGUUCGAGUUACGGUUGCAGCAGUAUAUUGAAAUGAUCAGAACAAGAGACAGAACAAAGGUUGUGGAUGCAAUGGUGCAUGCCAAAAAGUAUCUCGCCCCAUAUGAUGAGACUCAAUCAGCCGAGAUUCAUCGGGCUGCUGGUUUGCUUGCUUUCCCUCCAGACACAAAAGCCGAGCCCUACAAGUCGAUGUAUGCCUCUGAACGGUGGAUGUACCUUUCUGGCUUGUUCAUUCGCACGCAUCAUGAACUUCUUUCUUUGCCUUCUCGGCCAUUAAUACAUAUCGCUUUAUCAGCCGGCCUUUCCGCCCUGAAGACGCCCUCGUGUCACUCAGCUUACACCUCUUCGAGUUCUAACCCUCAUUCGACCACUACUUCCGUGUGCCCUAUAUGUUCAACAGAGCUGAAUGAGCUUGCUCGGAAUCUGCCGUACGCCCAUCACACGAAAAGUUCCGUCGAAAGUGAUCCAAUUGUCUUGCCAAACGGCAGAGUAUACGGUCUUCACCGGUUGCUAGACAUGAGCAAGAAACUCAGCUCUAUCGAAGUGGGCAAAGUCAAAGAUCCUAUAACUGGUCAGAUAUACGACGAGAGUGAAAUGAAGAAAGUGUACAUCAUGUAA